GGCUCCAGCUCGCCUCGGGCUCGGGCUCCGGCGGCGUCGCUUCCCGGGUGGCCCGGCCCGGGAGCCCCGGCGCCAGCAACGCCCCAGCCAUGGCCCGCGCCCAGGCUCUAGUCCUAGCGCUCACCUUCCAGCUCUGCGCACCCGAGACCGAGACUCCGGCAGCUGGUUGCACCUUCGAGGAGGCGAGUGACCCGGUGGUGCCCUGUGAGUACAGCCAGGCCCAGUAUGACGACUUCCAGUGGGAGCAAGUCCGGAUCCACCCUGGCACCCGGGCCCCUGCAGACCUGCCCCACGGUUCCUAUUUGAUGGUCAAUGCUUCCCAGCAUGCCCCAGGCCAGAGGGCCCACAUCAUCUUCCAGAGCCUGAGCGAGAAUGACACCCACUGUGUUCAGUUCAGCUACUUCCUGUACAGCCGGGAUGGGCACAGCCCAGGCACCCUAGGUGUCUAUGUGCGUGUGAAUGGGGGCCCCCUGGGCAGUGCCGUGUGGAAUAUGACUGGAUCCCAUGGCCGGCAGUGGCACCAGGCUGAGCUGGCUGUUAGCACCUUCUGGCCUAAUGAAUAUCAGGUGCUGUUUGAGGCCCUCAUCUCUUCAGACCGCAGGGGCUACAUGGGCCUAGAUGACAUCUUGCUACUGAGCUACCCCUGUGCAAAGGCCCCUCACUUUUCCCGCCUGGGUGAUGUGGAAGUCAAUGCUGGCCAGAACGCAUCUUUCCAGUGUAUGGCAGCAGGCCGCCCCGCUGAGGCAGAGCACUUCCUUCUGCAGCGGCAGAGUGGGGUGCUGGUACCUGCGGCCGGGGUGCGGCACAUCAGCCACAGGCGUUUUCUGGCCACUUUCCCGCUGGCCGCCGUAGGCCGGGCAGAGCAGGACCUGUACCGCUGUGUGUCCCAGGCCCCGCGCGGCGCCGGCGUCUCCAACUUCGCCGAGCUAAUCGUCAAAGAGCCUCCCACCCCCAUCGCGCCCCCACAGCUGCUGCGUGCAGGCCCCACCUACCUCAUCAUCCAGCUCAACACCAACUCCAUCAUUGGUGACGGGCCGAUUGUGCGCAAGGAGAUUGAGUACCGCAUGGCUCGGGGCCCGUGGGCCGAGGUGCACGCCGUCAACCUGCAGACUUAUAAGCUGUGGCACCUUGACCCCGACACCGAAUAUGAGAUCAGCGUGCUGCUGACUCGCCCUGGGGAUGGCGGCACUGGCCGCCCAGGGCCACCGCUAAUCAGCAGAACCAAAUGUGCAGAGCCCAUGAGGGCCCCCAAAGGCCUGGCUUUUGCUGAGAUCCAGGCGCGACAGCUGACCCUGCAGUGGGAGCCCCUGGGCUACAAUGUGACGCGUUGCCACACCUAUACCUUGUCCCUUUGCUACCACUACACCCUGGGUGGCAGCCACAAUCAGACUGUGCAGGAGUGUGUGAAGAUGGAACGGGGAGCCAGCCGCUAUACCAUCAAAAACCUGCUGCCCUACCGGAAUGUCCACGUGCGCCUUGUCCUCACAAACCCAGAGGGGCGCAAGGAGGGGAAGGAGGUCACCUUCCAGACUGACGAAGAUGUGCCUGGUGGGAUCGCAGCAGAGUCCCUGACCUUCACUCCACUGGAAGACAUGAUCUUUCUCAAGUGGGAGGAACCUCAGGAACCCAACGGCCUCAUCACUCAAUAUGAGAUCAGCUACCAAAGCAUCGAGUCCUCUGACCCAGCAGUGAAUGUGCCAGGCCCACGACGCACCAUCUCCAAGCUACGUAAUGAGACCUAUCACGUCUUCUCUAACCUGCACCCCGGCACCACCUACUUGUUCUCUGUGCGUGCCCGCACUGGCAAGGGCUUUGGCCAGGCAGCUCUCACCGAGAUCACCACCAAUAUCUCAGCUCCCAGCUUUGACUAUGCUGACAUGCCAUCACCCCUGGGCGAGUCUGAGAACACCAUCACCGUGCUGCUGAGGCCAGCGCAGGGCCGUGGAGCACCCAUCAGCAUUUACCAGGUGGUUGUGGAGGAAGAGAGGCCGCGGCGGUUGCGACGGGAGCCAGGCGGUCAGGACUGCUUCCCGGUGCCUCUGACCUUUGAGGCAGCGCUGUCUCGUGGGCUGGUUCACUACUUUGGAGCUGAACUGGCGGCCAGCAGCCUGCCUGAGGCCAUGCCCUUCACCGUGGGUGACAACCAGACUUAUCGAGGCUUCUGGAACCCACCGCUUGAACCCAGGAAGGCCUAUCUCAUCUACUUCCAGGCAGCAAGCCACCUGAAAGGGGAAACCCGACUGAACUGUAUUCGAAUUGCCCGGAAAGCUGCCUGCAAGGAGAGCAAGCGACCUCUAGAGGUGUCCCAGAGAUCAGAGGAGAUGGGUCUCAUCCUGGGCAUCUGUGCAGGUGGCCUUGCUGUCCUCAUCCUCCUGCUGGGAGCCAUCAUAAUCAUCAUCCGCAAGGGGAGGGACCGCUAUGCCUACUCCUACUACCCGAAGCCAGUGACUAUGACCAAGGCCACUGACAACUACCGCCAGGAGAAGACUCACAUGAUGAGUGCUGUGGAUCGCAGCUUCACGGACCAGAGCACCCUGCAGGAGGAGGAGCGGCUGGGCCUGUCCUUCAUGGAUGCCCCUGGCUACAGCCCCCGAGGAGACCAGCGAAGCAGUGGGGUCACUGAGGCCAGCAGCCUCCUGGGGGGCUCCCCUCGACGCCCAUGUGGCCGGAAGGGCUCCCCAUACCACACGGGGCAGCUACAUCCUGCUGUACGUGUGGCUGACCUUUUGCAGCAUAUCAACCAGAUGAAGACAGCUGAGGGUUAUGGCUUCAAGCAGGAAUAUGAGAGCUUCUUUGAAGGCUGGGAUGCCACCAAGAAGAAAGAUAAGCUCAAGGGCAGUGGCCGACAGGAGCCGAUGCCUGUCUAUGACCGGCACCGAGUGAAAUUGCACCCAAUGCUGGGAGACCCCGAUGCUGACUACAUUUCUGCCAACUACAUAGACAUUCGGAUAAACAGACAAGGCUACCACAGGUCAAACCACUUCAUAGCCACUCAAGGGCCGAAGCCUGAGAUGAUCUAUGAUUUCUGGCGCAUGGUGUGGCAGGAGCACUGUGCAAGCAUCGUCAUGAUCACCAAGCUGGUAGAGGUGGGCAGGGUGAAGUGCUCUCGGUACUGGCCAGAGGACUCAGACAUGUAUGGGGACAUCAAGAUCACACUGGUGAAGACAGAGACUCUGGCCGAGUAUGUGGUGCGCACCUUUGCCCUGGAGCGGAGAGGCUACUCUGCCCGGCACGAGGUCCGCCAGUUCCACUUCACGGCGUGGCCAGAACAUGGUGUCCCCUACCAUGCUACAGGGCUGCUGGCCUUCAUCCGGCGUGUGAAGGCCUCUACCCCACCUGAUGCUGGACCCAUUGUCAUCCACUGCAGUGCGGGCACUGGCCGCACAGGCUGCUACAUCGUCCUGGAUGUGAUGCUGGACAUGGCAGAGUGUGAGGGUGUUGUGGAUAUUUACAACUGUGUGAAGACCCUCUGUUCCCGGCGUGUCAACAUGAUCCAGACUGAGGAGCAGUAUAUCUUCAUCCAUGAUGCAAUCCUGGAGGCCUGCCUGUGUGGGGAGACCACCAUCCCUGUCAAUGAGUUCAAGGCCACCUACAGGGAGAUGCUCCGAAUUGACCCUCAGAGUAAUUCCUCUCAGCUGCGGGAAGAGUUUCAGACACUGAAUUCGGUCACACCGCCGCUGGACGUGGAGGAGUGCAGCAUCGCUCUGCUGCCCCGGAACCGGGACAAGAACCGCAGCAUGGACGUGCUGCCACCCGACCGAUGCCUGCCAUUCCUCAUCUCCACUGAUGGGGACCCCAACAACUACAUCAAUGCAGCCCUGACUGAUAGUUACACUCGGAGCGCAGCCUUCAUCGUGACCCUGCACCCACUGCAGAGCACCACCCCUGACUUCUGGCGGCUGGUCUACGACUAUGGAUGCACCUCCAUCGUCAUGCUCAACCAGCUGAACCAGUCCAACUCUGCCUGGCCCUGUCUGCAAUACUGGCCAGAGCCAGGCCGGCAGCAGUACGGCCUCAUGGAGGUGGAGUUUGUGUCCGGUACAGCCGAUGAGGACUUGGUGGCCCGAGUUUUCCGGGUGCAGAACAUCUCCCGGCUGCAGGAGGGUCACCUGUUGGUACGGCACUUCCAGUUUCUGCGCUGGUCUGCUUACCGGGACACACCUGACUCCAGGAAAGCCUUCCUGCACCUGUUGGCUGAGGUGGACAAGUGGCAGGCGGAGAGUGGGGAUGGGCGCACUGUGGUGCACUGCCUCAACGGGGGCGGCCGUAGUGGCACCUUCUGCGCCUGUGCCACGGUCCUGGAGAUGAUCCGCUGCCACAGCCUGGUGGAUGUUUUCUUUGCUGCCAAAACACUUCGAAACUACAAGCCCAAUAUGGUGGAGACCAUGGAUCAGUACCACUUUUGCUAUGACGUGGCACUGGAAUACCUGGAGGCGUUGGAGUCAAGAUAGCAGGCCCCUGGCCUGGGGCACCCACUGAGCACUCAGGGCCUGGCCCGCCAUCCUAGACUGGUGAAGAGGACCUGUGUCCCCACUCUGCUCAGCCAUAACCCUGUGGGGAGAACACUGGAGUGGACACUGCGCCAUCUUGGUGGCUCCCGUGGGCAGACUGCAGGCCAAAGAGGAGCUUAGCAAGAAUGCAGUCAGCCCCGCCUCUACAGGGCCCCACAGACCUGUGCAGAGAGGCCUGGGCCAGUGAUCCUGGGCUAGAACAGUCAGUGCUGGGGGAUCCAGGCCACACUCCUCGACUUCAUCCCAGCCCACAAGAGAUGAGUGAGGCUCUGCAGAGAAAGUGUCCCAAGCCAAGGUUUUCACCCAACACGGCCCCUUCUACAUGCAGUGGAGGCACACUGGGGCUUGGCACCCUGAGUCCCGCCUGGCCUGGCCACUGAGCAGCUGCGGCUGUGUCCUGAGUUGCCGGUGGGACCUGAUGAACAUCUUCCAGUUCCCUUCUCUAUCCCUCUGCUCCCACGGACCUUGGGGUGCUGUGCCUGCCAUGCCCCCUCCCCUUCUGCUUCUGAGCUUCCUGGACUAGGAUCUCUCAUCUGGGCCCCAUCCCUGCCUGGCCCAGUGUCUGCAGAGUGAUGUCACCUCAGCCCCCUCUUCCCUAGCCUUCAGGGUUGGUCCUGCUCAGCUCUGCAAGGCUGAACCACAGCCCCUGGGGUUGAGGUCCCUGUGGCAUCUGGUGAGGCCGCCACUGGGACAGUACAAGAGCAGGGCGGGUCUCAACCCUUAGCGUUCAGGAAAGGAAGGGGGCACUGUGGGAUGGAGGACCAGUGCUUUUUUGUUGUUAUUUUUUGAUGGGAGGGUGAGAAAUUCUCUUUAUAAUGGGGUAGGCCACAUCCCCAUUCCGUGCCUCAAUUUCCCCAUCUAAACUGUAGAUAUGACUACUGACCUACCUCGCAGGGGGCUGUGGGGAGGCAUAAGGUAAUGUUUGUAAAGUGCUUUGUAAAUAAAUGUGCUCUCUGAAUGCCACUCAGAGACCCUGUGUGUGACUGA